AUUAAUUGUUAAGGUAGUAUAUUUAUAACGGUACAAGCCUUUUUCAUUAUUCUGUUACCAACAGCUGCCUAUGGCUAAAGUUAUUUUCUUUCCAAGAGAAAGAUGCAUAUCAUCUCUCCAUCCUUCAGCUACACAUCACUUCACCAUUGUAUAAAACUUCUCUCCAAAACCAUUUCUUCUUCUUCUUCUAAAUUACCCCAUUACAAAACCAAAUCCCAAUUCAAAUGGAGGACAAAUCAUAUUUUUGUCCAAACCAAUCCACUGCUUUCUCUUUUAGAAGCCAAAUGCAAAUACAUGACCCAACUCAAACAAAUCCACUCACAAAUGAUUCUCACUGGCAUUUUCUCAAAUGGGUUUGCUUCAAGUCGUUUAAUAGCCUUUUGUGCUCUUUCAGAAAAGGGUAAUCUUGAUUAUUGUAAAAAAAUAUUGUAUAAUAUGGAAAAUCCAAAUACAUUUUCUUGGAAUAUGGGUAUAAGGGGUUGCUGUGAAAGUGAAACCCCAAUUGAUGCAUUCUUUUUGUACAAACGGAUGCUUAUGACAACAGAGAAUGAAUGUAGUUGUUUGAAGCCUGAUAAUCAUACUUUCCCUUUGUUAUUUAAGAUAUGUUCUAGAUUGGGUUUGUAUUAUAUGGGUCAAGAGAUUCUUGUGCAUGUUUUCAGGAUUGGUUAUGAUCAAGAUGUGUUUGUGCAUAAUGCAGUGAUUCAUUGUUUGGUUUCUUGUGGAUUCUUGGAGGAUGCAUAUAAGGUGUUUGAUGAUAGCUCUGUGAGGGACCUAGUUUCUUGGAAUUCAAUGAUUAAUGGUUAUGUUAGGAGUGGGAGAUCGAGGGAAGCGUUGAUGGUAUUUGAGAAGAUGAAAAUGGCAUCUGUGGAGCCUGAUGAAGUUACUAUCAUAGGGAUGGUAGGGGCAUGUGCUCAGCUCGAGAAUUUGGAGCUUGGGAGGAAGUUACAUAGCUAUUUUAGGGACAAGUGUUUAUAUUUUAGUGUACCACUUUGCAAUGCACUCAUGGACAUGUAUAUGAAGAAUGGGAGUCUAAAUGAAGCAAAGGCUUUGUUUGAUACGAUGGAUGAGAGGACUAUGGUAAGUUGGACUAUAAUGAUUAGUGGGUUUGCUAAAUUUGGGCGUUUGGAUGAUGCAAGGAGACUUUUCAACGAGAUGCCGGAGAGAGCUAUAGUACAGUGGAAUGCCUUGAUUGGAGGUUAUGUCCAAGCUAAGCGCAGUAACGAGGCAUUGGUUUUGUUUCAGGAAAUGCAAACGAUGAAUAUAAAACCCGAUGAAGUGACAAUGGUUAGUUGUCUAUCAGCUUGCGCAGAACUUGGAGCACUUGAUAUUGGGAUUUGGAUUCACCACUACAUCAAAAAACAUAAGCUUUGUUUAACUGUUUCUCUGGGAACUGCACUUGUUGAUAUGUAUGCCAAAUGCGGUAACAUUGAAAAAACGCUUCAGGUUUUUCAUGAGAUGCCCAUCAGAAACUCAUUCACUUGGACAGCUGCAAUUGGUGCCUUAGCACAUCAUGGAAAUGGACAUGAUGCUCUAUCAUAUUUUUUAAAGAUGGUUGACAGUGGCCUGAGACCAGAUGAUAUCACAUUUCUUGGGGUCUUGUCAGCUUGUUGUCAUGGAGGUUUGGUUGAAGAAGGGCGAAAGAUUUUUGUUCAAAUGAGCACAAAGUUCAAAAUCCCCCCUAAAUCUAAACAUUACUCUUGCAUGGUGGACCUUUUGGGCAGGGCAGGGCUCUUGGAAGAAGCUUAUGAGCUUGUACGGGGAGUGCCAACGGAGGCUAAUGCUUCAGUAUGGGGAGCAUUGUUUUUUGCUUGUCAAGUUCAUGGGAACAUUGAGAUGGGGGAAAAGGCAGCUCUGAAACUUCUUGAAUUGGAUCCUGGUGAUAGUGGAACUUAUGUCUUACUUGCUAACAUGUAUGUUGAAGCAAAUAUGCAGCAUAGGGCACGAGAUGUGAGGAAGAUGAUGGGUGAAAGAGGAUUAGAAAAAAUACCUGGUUGCAGCUCCAUUGAAGUAAAUGGGAUUUUUUUUGAGUUUAUUGUUAAAGACAAGACACAUCCUCAGAUGGAUCAGAUUUAUGAAUGUUUGAUUCACUUAACAGGACACAUGGAAAUAGUUAAAUAUUUUCCUUAUAUCAGAUAUGACCUGUUGUGUGAUUCUGAUGUUUACAGUGCAAUGUAAGAAAAUCUGGUUCAUCAGUCACCAAACCUACGUAGACAACAAAAGGGCUUGACCAUUAGGAGAGCAGGAGUUGAAUUAAACGAACCAAAUGUCAUGGGAUUAGAUGUAACGACAAUGAUGUUGGCAAUUAAGUAUGAAUGGAUGUAUUUAUCAAGUUGAGUUAGAGAUACGAAAUAAGUUGAAAGAUAGUAGUGAUUGUUUUGAGUUUCUUUCAGACAGGAGAGCAGUUUGCUGGCUCUGGGUGAAGGAUGAUGAAAUGAACUAAAGGGUUUUAUGAGCCAAGUACAGACAGCCUAAGGGUGGAUUUCUUCCAACUUCAGAACCUGAUGUUAACAUAGCUCUGUUCAAAAUGGGAUGAGAAAGCCUGGAGAUGUAUUGGCUAUUGGUUAUUCUAUUCUUUUAACUGGAGGCAUCACUAAGCUCCAGUCUUUGCUUCGGUGGGUCACCAUUACUUGACUUAGAAAGGCGAACAUCUGGGCAAGGGAAAGUGCUGACAAACAGACGGGUUAGACAAAAUGGAUAAAGUAUUCGGUCUGUCUAUAUUUGAUAUGGGUAAAAAGUGGGUUGAAUGAGGGAUAAUAUUGUUAUCUACUGAGAUAAUUGAAUACUACACAAAAUAA